AUGCGCGCGUUCCUGAAAAGGGUGGCCCAGCCGCUGCUGGCGCUGCUGGCGUUCCUGCGGCGCGAGAACCUGCUGCGCCUGAUGGCCGCCAUCGUGGCGCUGGUGGUGGUCGGGGCCGCGGGUCUUACGGUCUUCGAGGAGAACCGGUCGUUCCCGGACGCGCUCUGGUGGGCCAUCGUCACCGUGACCACGGUCGGCUUCGGCGAUAUUUCGCCGACGUCGCUCGGCGGCCGGCUGAUCGGCGUCGUGCUCAUGUUCUUCGGCAUCGGCGUGCUAGGGAUGUUCACGGCCACCAUUGCCGGCGUGUUCGUCGAAAAGCGGCUGCGGAAGGAGCGGGGCAUGGGCUCGUACGACCUGGAAGGGCACAUCAUCCUGUGCGAAUGGAACAAUCGGACGCGGGAGAUCCUCAAGGACCUGCGGGCCGACCCGCGCGCAGCAGAGGCCCCGAUCGUGCUGCUGGCCGACAUCGAGGCGAAGCCGCGGGCCGGCAUCGAGCGGGCGGCCACCGUUGUCAUGGUUGGCGACCGGUCGCUCGACCACGGCGCGCGGGACGCGAAGGCGGUGCUGUCGGUGCUGACGGUCGAGAGCCUCAACCCGGCCGUCCACUCGAUCGUGGAGCUGGCCAGCGAGGAGAACGUCGCCCAUUGCGAGCGCGCCGGCGCCGACGAGAUCAUCGUGGGCGCCGAGUUCAGCAGCCGCGUGAUUUCGACCGCCGCGCUCGACCACGGCAUCUCCGCCGUGCUGCGGGAGCUGCUGAGCGCGCAGAUCGGCCACGACCUCAUCACCGUGCCGGUGCCGGAGCAGUUCGCCGGCGCACGUUCUUCGAUCUGUUCUCAGGCCUGA